AUGUUUACAAGACGUACCGCUGUGUUAGAUAAAAAAGCUGUUGAUCGAUUUGGUCACCAAAGAACAAUAAACGUCAUUGUUCCUUGGACACCACAGUUUGGUGCUGCUUAUCAACAAUUUCUUAAUGGACUUAAUAGUUUUCCCGGAGCUGGUUUACAAAUUGGAGGUGGUUUACCAUUUGGAGGAGGUAUGCCGUUUGGAGGAGGCAUGCCGUUUGGAGGAGGCAUGCCGUUUGGAGGAGGCAUGCCGUUUGGAGGAGGUAUGCCGUUUGGAGGAGGUAUGCCGUUUGGAGGAGGUAUGCCGUUUGGUGGUAUGUCAUUUGGUGGUGGUUUACCAAUUGGAGGAGGUAUGCCGUUUGGAGGAGGUAUGCCAUUUGGAGGAGGUAUGCCGAUUGGAGGAGGUAUGCCGUUUGGAGGAGGUAUGCCGCUUGGUGGAGGUAUGCCGCUUGGUGGUAUGUCAUUUGGUAGUGGUUUACCGUUUGGAGGAGGUAUGCCAUGUGGUGGUAUGUCAUUUGGUGGUGGUUUACCGUUUGGAGGAGGUUCGUCGCUUGGUGGCCUAGGUAGCUAUGGUGGUUUUGGUGGCAACCUCGGUGGCUUAGGUAGUUUAGGUGGUGGUCUUGGUAGCUAUGGUGGUUUUGGUGGCAACCUCGGUGGCUUAGGUAGUUUAGGUGGUGGUCUUGGUAGCUAUGGUGGUUUUGGUGGCAUCGGUGGUGGUUUCGGAGGUUAUGGUGGUAUGGGAGGAAUGCAAGGUUUUCCCAUUGGAUUUGGUGUAACAACAUCUUUAUAA